AUGGUCCACUGCGCCGGCUGUGAGAGGCCUAUCCUGGACCGCUUUCUGCUCAACGUGCUGGACAGAGCCUGGCACGUCAAGUGCGUGCAGUGCUGCGAGUGCAAAUGUAAUCUGACAGAGAAGUGUUUUUCCCGGGAGGGGAGACUGUACUGCAAAAACGACUUUUUUAGGCGGUUCGGCACCAAGUGCGGCGGCUGCUCGCAGGGCAUCUCCCCCAACGACCUGGUCCGGAGGGCCCGCAGCAAGGUGUUCCACCUCAACUGCUUCACCUGCAUGAUGUGCAACAAGCAGCUGUCCACCGGGGAGGAGCUCUACAUCAUAGACGAGAACAAAUUCGUUUGCAAAGAAGACUACCUUAGUAACUCGAGUGUGAAAGAUACGAACCUCCUCUCAGUGACGGCGUGCAGCGAUCCCAGCUUAUCCCCGGACUCCCAAGACCCGCUCCAGGACGACGUGGUUUUGAAAGACACGGAGAUAGCCGCGCUGUCGGACAAGGAGACGGUGAACAACGAGAACGACGACCAGAACUUAGGCGGGAAGAGGCGCGGGCCCAGAACCACCAUCAAGGCAAAGCAGCUGGAGACGCUGAAAGCUGCUUUCGCUGCCACUCCCAAACCCACCAGACACAUCCGGGAGCAGCUGGCGCAGGAAACCGGCCUGAACAUGAGGGUCAUCCAGGUCUGGUUCCAGAAUAGGCGGUCGAAAGAGAGACGCAUGAAGCAGCUGAGCGCGUUAGGCGCGCGGAGGCACGCGUUCUUCCGGAGCCCGAGGCGGAUGAGAACGCUGGUGGACCGGCUGGAGCCCGGAGAACUCAUUCCCAACGGACCCUUCUCCUACUAUGGAGAUUAUCAAAGUGAGUACUACGGCCCUGGAGGGAACUAUGACUUUUUCCCUCAAGGACCUCCAUCAUCGCAGGCACAAACCCCAGUUGAUCUCCCCUUCGUGCCCUCUUCAGGCCCCACUGGGACUCCCCUUGGAGGCAUGGACCACCCUCUGCCAGGCCACCACCCCUCCAGUGAGGUGCAGCGCUUCUCUGACAUCAUAUCCCACCACCCAGGGGACUCUCCCAGCCCAGAACCCGGCAUUCCGGGGCCAUUGCACAGCAUCUCGUCGGAGGUGUUCGGCCCCAGCCCCCCCUUUACCUCACUGUCAUUAAACAGCAACGGAUACAACAACCAUCUGUCUCACCAGCCCACAGAGAUGAACGAGGGCACUGUGUGGUAGCUUUCUGGACGACGUGGCUCCAACAGGCAGAGUCAGAUCUGGAGGAUAACAAGGUUUGGUGGUGCUCGGGGGCAGAGGUCAAGACAGGACACAAGGACAGUGAUGGGGAGCAGCAUAAAUAUUUGUCUUUUUUAUAUUUAUAUUUAUUUAUUUAUCAUUUCCCAUUUUUUCAUUUAUUGAUUCUGUCUUUUUUAUGAAAAGAUUUAUCCAGCAUAACAAUUAUGCUCAUUGUUGGCAGCUUGUGUAUGGGUGUUUCAGUUGCUUCUUUCAGUUGCUCACCCACAGUACAUCAAAAGCUGGACUUACCAAUAGAUCACCCCAGCACCAGAAACAAGCAUAAAUAAACAGGGCAAAAUGCUAAAAUGCCUCUAAUUCCCUUUUUGUCGUAUUGAAGAGCCUCCUUUAGCGGCUGGUUCCCGUCAGUGGCGGUUGAAACCAACACAGAAGGUUGUGCUGGGAAACAAAGUUUCUGAAACUUGUGUGAUGUGUGCCAAACGUGGCAGCGUCCUUUGGUACUGUCAAAGACUUCAAUAGCUUUACAGAGAUAAUAAAGGGGCCAAGGGAUUUUUUGUGCUGACUAUGAAAACUGACUGCAAUUCAGACUAUGUCAGAGGCACUAGAUUUGUUUGUAUUUAUUGAGAAGAUCUUCAGACCUCUUUGCCUUCUAAGGCUCUGCCAUAUUGACACUCAACCUUUUUCACCGUAUUUUUCUGAAGGCCAGAGGAAAUUACCGUUCAGCUCUCCUUGUGGACUGCUUGUUUUGGUUUCAGAGGUCCCACCAAACCCACAGAAGAUUGCCUUAAAAAGGCAAGCCAACUGAAACCGUUGAUGGAUUGCAAGCCCUUUAUUUAAAAAUGGAAAUGAACUUGAAAUGCAGAAAUGAACUCUACCUUCUAAAAAUCCUCUACUGGGGUUCUGAAUGAAACUGAUAACAGUCAACUGUUUACGUAAAUCUAUUUAAUUCAGGAGUCCAAAAGUCUCGACUGAUAUGUUUUAGAACCUCUUUGUCCACAUAAAAAUGUUCCAAGCAACCAACCAAACUUUUGUAUCAAUUUCACUUAUAUUGUAUGGAGAUAAAAAAUAUUUGCUGGGUUGUGAUUCACUGUGCUAGUUUGUACGAGAUGUUGUUUACAGAAAAGUAAAAAAAAAAAAACAAAAAAAAAAACAAACAAAAAAACAAUAAAAACCCAAGUAAAGUAGACAUUUUUGCCAAAAUUGAAAAAGAGAGCACAAAAACUGUGAAUGUGCUUUGCACUAGUAACACAGUGCGUGUUGAAACUAACUAGAAGUGUUACAGGAGAAAUGGAUUUGUGAUUCUUUUUCAGCCUGAUGACAAUGCAUUCAUAAAAUUGUUAAUAUGCUUAGGUUUUAUUUUUGUGUCUUCAAAGAAGAAAGUCCAAACCUAUUAAAUACGACGGUCAAACAUGUUUUUUAAAUAUCCAGCCCUCAUGGUAUGUCUUUUAUUGUUCCAAUAAACAUGAGCUUAUGUGACCUCCAGUGCAUAUUAGACCAUUCACUGUAUACAUUCAACAUGUUGACAGAUGUGUUUCUAAUAAAUCUAGACAACAGAAAA